AAAAAACCAAUUAGUCGCAGUUGUAGUUCAGUUAUUUUGAAUGAAACUUCAAAAAAAAAGUGAACAUAUAUACAUAUAAUGAACAUCACCCUUAUCCUGAUUUUGUUAAUUGCCAUAGAAUGUACGUUAUCUAUACCGCUUAAAAUAAAACCUAAAACUUUCGGCUCUUUCGGUCCGGGCGGCGGUCUUGGUAUAGGUUUUUCUACAUCUUUUGGACUUCACAGUAAUCUUUACAACGAUUAUGGGAAUUACGGGAAUGGCCAUGGGUACGCAUCCAAUGGAUAUUACCGCCCGUUUUCUUAUUACACAUCUGGGAUAAGCAACUUCGGUGCUUAUCCUGGUUAUCAAAGUUAUCAGAAUCCAUACCAGAAUUAUCUAAACGGCUACCACACUAAUCCACGUUACCCAGGUUAUGGUUAUGGACAUGGGUACGCCAAUCAAUUUGACGGUCAUUAUACGCAACAUCAUCACGAAAGCGGCUCUUAUGGUGGGGGAGGUCAUUUCUUUGGUUGAAUACGUGUAGGCAAGAUCUAC